AUGCCUGACGCGGGGACUCAAGGCGCCGCAGCCGCGGUGGCGGCCGUCGGUGGUGGUAGUGCGGCAGCGGCCGGCGACGGAGCGGAGAGCGGCCGCCACCGACACCGAACGCAGCAGGCAGAUGCGGAGAGGCCGGAGACGACUGCUGCCCCUUCGCAAAGCUCCGGUUCCGGUGUACUGGAUAAAUUGUUUGGGAAGAGGCUGCUGCAGGCUGGCAGACACAUCAUGUCUCAUAAGUCUUGGAUGAAGACUGUGCCCACCGAGAACUGUGAUGUCCUCUUGACAUUUGCAGAUACGACAGAUGACCACACGUUGCUAUGGCUACUGAACCACAUCCGGCUGGGAAUUCCAGAGCUCAUCAUCCAAAUCCGUCAUCAUAAGCAUACGCACGUCUAUGCAUUCUUCGUCACCGCUACGUAUGAGAACUUGUUGCGAGGUGCUGAAGAGAUGGGUCUGAGGAAGGCGGUGAAGCCCGAAUUUGGUGCAGGAACGCGGAGCUUCUCCUGUGAGGAGGACUAUAUUUAUGAGAACAUCGAGAGCGAGUUGUGCUUCUUCACCUCGCAGGAGAGGCAAAGCAUCAUUAAAUACUGGCUUGAAAAUCUACGUGCCAAACAUGGGGAGGUGCUUCAUAAUAUUAACUUCCUGGAAGGGCAACCAAUCAUUCCAGAGUUGAGUGCACGAGGUGUUAUCCAGCAAAUGUUCCCUCUCCACGAACAGCGCGUCCUGAGUCACCUAAUGAAAUCUUGGGUUCAGGCUAUUUGUGAGAAACAGCCCUUAGACGAUAUCUGUGACUACUUUGGUGUGAAAAUAGCCAUGUAUUUUGCCUGGCUGGGUUUUUACACCACUUCAAUGUUGUACCCUGCUGUGAUCGGCUUUGUAUUGUGGAUGCUCACUGAGUCAGAUCAGACGAGUCGAGACAUCUGCUGUGUGGUCUUUGCACUUUUCAACGUGGUGUGGGCCACCUUGUUUCUUGAACGGUGGAAGAGGAGAGGUGCUGAAUUGGCGUAUAAAUGGGGAACUCUGGACACGCCUCCCGAAUCCCUGGAGGAACCACGUCCUCAGUUCCGGGGUGUGAAGCGCUGCAGCCCUGUCACAGGAUGUGAGGAGUUCUACUAUCCGCCGUGGCGGAGACGUGUUUUCAGGUGGCUGGUCAGCUUGCCCAUCUGUCUUCUCUGUCUCUCUUUUGUCUUCCUGGUCAUGCUCAUCUGCUUUGAGCUCCAGGAGUUUGUAAUGGGGAUCAAGGAAAUGCCUCGAUUGGCUCGCUUUAUUCCUAAAAUAAUGCUUGCAAUCACUGUGACUGCAUGUGAUGAGGUGUACAGGAAGAUUGCCUGCUGGCUCAAUGACAUGGAAAACUAUCGACUCCAGAGUGCCUAUGAGAAAAAUCUCAUCAUCAAAAUGGUUCUUUUUCAGUUUGUAAAUUCAUAUCUCAGCCUUUUUUACAUUGGAUUCUACCUCAAAGACAUGGAGCGGCUCAAAGAGAUGCUGGCCACUCUGCUCAUCAUACGUCAGUUCCUUCAAAAUGUGAAGGAGGUGCUGCAGCCUUACGUGUAUGAGCGCCACAAGCUGGGUGAGCUCACUUUGCGAGCUCUAUGGGAUUUGCUACUCUCCGUGCUGCUAAAAUAUGCCAGGCUGGCUGCUGGAAAAGCCCAUGCCUCACCUACUGACCCUGCUAUGCCAGGACCUGGUCUCAGGGGCACCAGGCCUGGGGUGGGUCAUACAGACAAAAGGGAAAAAAAAUGUUUGAAUGGCGGUUGCGGGGUACCCGAUGAGGAGGAAAGUGGCGAGAGGGACGAGGCUGACAGUGGGCGAUUCAGUGAAGGAGAAACCGAGGAGGAAGGUCUGCUUGACUGCGGUUUGAAACUGAGGAAAGUCAGCUUCAUAGAGAAGAUGGACAGGAGGCCGGGAUGUAGUGGCCACCCUAUGGACAACAGUUUUAUGGAGGAAGGGAGUCCAACAAUGGUGGAUAAAGGAAUGGAGCCACCCUCUGUGUUUUCAAUGUGUGAAGAUGAUGUUGAUAAUGGCAUCCAUGAUGUGAAGGAGGCAGCUGGGGGAGGAGUGGCAUGUGCAUCUGAAGGAAUCAACUAUGCUGCCUCCACCUGUAUCACUGGAUCCGCCUCCAGGAAUGAGAGCGGCGCAUCAGUGCGAAAUCGGAGAAGAGGCCGAAGCACCGAGCGUGCCGAACCCAGAACAAAGAGGGAAUCGUGGAUUGACCCUCCUGAAGUGAAGGAAAGCACCACACUGACUCAGGCAGAGAUAGAGAGCUGCAUGCAGACUUAUACGGACACUUUCCAGGACUACCAGGAAAUGUUUGUCCAGUUUGGCUACGUGGUGCUGUUCUCCUCGGCUUUCCCUCUGGCCGCCCUGUGCGCGCUUAUCAACAACAUCAUCGAGAUCCGCAGCGACGCCUUCAAGCUCUGCACGGGUCUGCAGAGACCAUUUGGUCUCAGAGUGGAGAGCAUUGGCCAGUGGCAGUCUGCAAUGGAAGCCAUGGGUCUGAUUGCCAUCAUUGUUAACUGUUACCUGAUUGGUCAAUGCGGCCAGCUGCAGCGCCUCUUUCCUUGGCUCAGCCCUGAGAUGGCCAUCAUCUCCAUUGUCAUCCUUGAGCACUUCGCUAUCCUCUUGAAGUAUGUCAUCCAUGUGGCCAUUCCCGACAUUCCAACAUGGGUCAGAGAGGAGAUGGCUAAACUGGAUUAUCAGCGCAGGGAGGCCUUUAAGAAGCAUGAGCGUCAGGCUCAGCAGCACUACCAGCAGCUGCAGAGGAAGAAGAGGGAGGAGGAGGAGAGGCAGAGGCAAGUGGAGCAUAUGGCCCGUAGAGAAAGGGAUAGAGAGGACACCAAGGGCGACUCCUCCGGGGAUCACCACCACGACAAAAGCCAUAGUGGCAAAUCGCGCCCCGGUGGAGGUGGUGGAAGCGGCGGGUCGGAAAAACCCAAGAGGCCCAGCUCCCUUUUGGCCAACAACAACGUGAUGAAGCUGAAACAGAUCAUUCCGCUGCAGAGCAAGUUCUCCUCAAGUGGCGCUCGCUCCCCUCAAUCACCCACUGAAGCAAAGCUGCCAGGUUUCCUCAGCUUCAAAUUCCUCAAAUCGCCCGAGAACAAGAAGGAGUCUAUGGCAGCUUCUGCGACGACUUCUAUGCCGAGCGCCUCAUCAGCCACAAACGGGACGACGGCAUCAUCCUCAUCAUCAGGUAGCAGCUCACAGGAGCGUUCUCAGUCACCCAGCAAAGCCUUCAAUCCUGGCAAAUUGUUUAAUUUUGGAAAAUCCGAAGCAGGGACCUGCGUCAACGGGGCGCCACUGCCCAGAUCGGGCGAGGGAUUGUCAUCGUCACAGAUCUCAGAGAGACCGGUUAGCAGGUCCGAUUUAAACGGAAUUCUGGAUGAGGUCCCCUUGCCUGCGCGGGAAGGAUCCGAGAACGGACAUUCAAAUGAAUCUGACUCUCUUGGCCCAAAGGUUUAG